ACCUAAUGCACUACAUUUUCCAAACCUUUCCCAAAAAAAACUUGUUAAGAAGAAAAUACUGAUUUGGGUAAUGAUGGUGUGUGCGUUUCAGAGUUGCAGCAGUAGUUGAUGACAGAGAGAAGAAGAAGAGCUAUUAUUGGCGCAUUAACGUUUUUGUUCCUUCUUCUUCUCCUUCACUUCACUGUGCUAAUUCACUUCUCAUUCACACGCAACGACACUGGAUAAAUCAUACAGUAGCUUAAAGCCCUAGUUUCCUUUCAUUUUCAUUUUCAUUUUCAUUUUUUCAUAACUCAGUUUUGAAAUUCGAUCGUCGUUUACUUCCACUGCGCUGGGUUCCAUCAAUAAUUGUGAAUUAAUGCGAACAUCAUACAAUCUCCUUCGCUCCCGCUUCCGCCGCUGCCACUACCACGCCGCCGCCUACCGUUCCCUCUCCGUCGUAUUCGUGAAACCGGACCACCAUCCGCCGCCUGUCGUUCCCUCAUUUCCGCAUCCUUCGAAACCAAAACAGUUUGUUCUUCUCGCCUUCAAUGAUCAUCGCUUCCCCUGUCAUCGCAGUUUCUUCACCAGAGCCAAGCCUGCUCAGAACAUCGAAUUCAACGACCGGCACAGUCAGCGAGCUGUUAAAACUGCAUUGUGGUGUAACUUUCUUGUUUUUUCACUCAAGUUUGGAGUAUGGUUAGCUUCCUCUAGUCAUGUUAUGUUAGCUGAAGUCGUCCACUCAGUUGCCGAUUUUGCAAACCAGGCGCUACUUGCUUACGGUCUAAGUAGCUCAAGACGUGCACCAGAUGCUAUUCAUCCUUAUGGCUAUUCCAAGGAAAGAUUUGUUUGGUCCUUGAUAUCUGCUGUCGGAAUAUUUUGUCUUGGUUCCGGGGCUACAGUUGUUAAUGGAGUUCAGAACUUGUGGAUUGCACAGCCCCCUGAGAAUAUGCAUUAUGCAGCUUUGGUUAUAUGUGGUUCAUUUGUCAUUGAAGGUGCUUCUCUUGUUGUUGCCAUACAAGCUGUUAAGAAAGGUGCAGCCUCAGAGGGAAUGAAAUUAAGAGACUAUAUUUGGCGUGGCCAUGAUCCUACAUCUGUAGCUGUGAUGACAGAGGAUGGUGCAGCGGUAGCUGGCCUUUUAAUUGCUGGGGCAUCAUUGGUUGCAGUUAAUGUUACUGGAAAUGCCAUUUAUGAUCCCAUAGGUUCCAUUGUAGUUGGCAACUUACUUGGAAUGGUAGCCAUAUUUCUUAUCCAGAGAAACCGACAUGCUUUGAUUGGUAGAGCUAUGGAUGACCAUGAUAUGGAGAAAGUACUUCAUUUCUUGAAAAAUGACCCGGUUGUGGAUUCCCUCUAUGAUUGCAAAAGUGAAGUUAUUGGACCUGGUUUCUUCAGAUUUAAAGCAGAAAUAGAUUUUAAUGGAGAGAUGGUGGUGCAAAAUUAUCUUAAACGGACUGGACGUGGAGAGUGGGCAAGACAGUUUCGUGAAGCUGCAAAGAAGAAGGAUGACACUGCCCUGAUGAAUAUUAUGUCAAAUUAUGGUGAGGAAGUAGUUACAGCUUUAGGAAGUGAAGUAGAUAGGUUAGAGAAGGAGAUCCAGAACCUUGUGCCUGGUAUUCGGCAUGUUGAUAUCGAGGCCCACAAUCCUCCAACAGAGAUUUAAUAAAUUCGACACCCUAUUCUUAUUCAUCUAUAUCAUCAAAGCAUUUAUGAAAAAUUGUUUUUACUCUAUCAAGUCUCGUUAGUUCGGAAGGACGUUCGAAGCUGUUACAUGCCUCAAGUUGGACAACUAUUGAUAAUUAGUGCACAAGUACUCAUGUUUUCCUCUUCGCCGAGAGGUGACAUCUGAGCAACCUCUGGUGUGAAAAACCAUAAGGCAUGUAAUAUAUAUUAAACAAUGCUAUGUUCAAUGAGUAAGUAGAAACGGCAACUUUUUUAUGUUC